CAUCACAGAACGGAACACCUGGGAGUCUGCCGCCAGCAUGUCGGUGUCGCCAUUAUCACUAACGCGCCCCAUGUACAACCUGCAGAACACAUUCGCGUUCAACUUUGACACAGUGGGCCAGGACGGCCAGGCUACUAGUAGGUCCCUGGCCGCUCUCAUAAUAAUCGUCCAAAUCUUCCUUGACCACUUCCUCGAUAAGGUGGAGAAGGGUCGGAGCUACAGCGAGGAUCAGGUGGAGGUGUACGAGAGCCUGGCGUCCAAACUAACGAGUCAGUUUAAGGUGGAGGGACGCGCCUGCAUCUUCCGUUUCAUCUGUGAGCUGCAGCAGCAUCCUAUAGGUCGUUGGACGCUGGCCGGACACCUCCUCACUCUUCUCUUCACUCCUCGUGUUGUUGAGAAGGAUGGCGAUGCAGAGCUGUUGAAGGAGUACUUGGUGGCUCAGGUUCUUGGCGAGAAGGAGAACGUCGACUGCGGUUCUCUGUAUGGCUCUUGUCCCUUCAGUGUCUUCAACUACUUUGAUUCUUUCCCAAACACAACUUCUACCGCCUACACCGGUGAAGAGGAGAAUAUUCUGGUGUUGUGAAGAUGAUGAUAUAGAAGCUCUUAGUGCCUUCGGAGUAUGUCAGGUAGUCUUUAUUCAGAACAGUUGAAUCACUUAAGAAUAGUAUUUAAUACUCCUAUUCAGUAAAUAUUAAUCCUAUGACUUAAUUUACAUAAAAUUUAUGUUUAUUUCACUAGUGUUCCUAAAAAUUAUAAACUGCAUAGAAGAGAACCAGCCAGGAGUAACCCAUAUAUACGAGCACACAGGCUUUCCUAGGGACUUCCCUGUAAACCCCCAAGCCAUGGUGAUUGGUGGUAACCUAAAGAUGUUUCACUCCCCCCAUGACCACUGUAGCUUAAAAUAAGAGAUGAAGUGAUUAAGAGAUCACUGCUUGACUUAAGACAUGACAGUGUGACGGGUCACGACACUACAACUCAUUCUCCUGACUGCACAGGUAGCAUCCCAUUUAACAAUACAUUGUAAAUCAGAUUCACUGUAACAACCCCUCAAGGACUUCCCAGAAGGACAAGUGAGAUAAAAAUCAAACCGUCACAAUGGGUCACCUCGGAGUGACCCGUGAACCAAAAGCCAACAAUCACAGAGAGAAGAGGCAGAAAGACGCUCCAACGACACACACCACAAAGGAAGUUUACUUCCUUUUACAAAAAGGGAAGCAAGCUCUCACUUUACAAGCUUUCCAUUACUUAUGCAGAAUUCCAGUGUUCUCCCAAGUUACGGGAAGGAAUUCUUCACCAUAAUGAAGAUGCCUUAAAAUUUUUACCU